UUUAUUUUAUUUUGUUAAAUAGUAAUGACACAGUCCCCAGAUCCAUCACCAUGGUGUUAAUAGGUGGUAAUUGGUAAUUCAGGCCUCUACUGCAGAGCAAGCAAGAUAUCGAAAGAAUCAUUGGUGGGACACCCUGUAUAGAGAGGCUGUAGUCAGCAGGCCAGCAAGUCCAAGUCGCGGACCGACCCCACCCCCCCCUCCACCAGCUUACCAGCCGAGAGUUGAGUUUACAGCGGCCACCACACGGAUUAACGUUUAGUAGACGAAGUCUACCUGCUCUUAUGACGUUUGUGACCGUGGUAAGUAAUGUCUGACAGUGAUCGGCGAGAUCUCAUUCUUCGCAGAGAGUGUCAAGUGUGAUGGGUUCGGCCAGUGCGACGACCACGACGAAGAUGCCAUCGGUCAACCGGUCCCCCUGCCGAACCGUGUGGGUGAAUACGAACAAUCGCUUGUGCCAAGAUGACAAACGGCGACGGGUGCGAGUAAGAUGAGUGCCGACCGACGGAGAGGGUCUCACUCCAAUCUUCGACAUGUCCAGGUGGCACGAAGAGUGCCUAGGCAACUGCGAGGACUGCUUGACAGCGGCCACUUGCAAGCACCGAAAACACUCGCACGACGAUUCCUACAGAAGAUUCAUGACUGUAGGCCCGGUGCGGUACGGCAUGCGUGUGGGGGCGGUCUCGCCGCCGCCGCCGGGAGCCGGGCCACGAUAUCGUUCCCAAAGCUGCUGGCCUACGACUCCCUGCGGCGACAGUGGCUGUGACAACGUUCCCGUCUCCCGGAUUCCGCUUCUCACAACACAACCUAUUAAUAGCUUGGAUAUAAUUAGUUGCGUAAAUAGAAUGAGGAUAAACGACGACGCUACAUCAAAUAAACUGCUGGCUCAGCAGGCGUCAGCGACAGUGCGCGACCAUGUACUUUACACUGGGAAGUGCUCCGCGUUAAAAACUCAGUUGAAACGGUGUGCUCUAGUGCGACCUCAGGUAUACACGAGGCUCACAGCAUACGGAGAAGCCAACGGAAACAAGGACGAAAACACACUGGACCGCCUUCCUAGAUUCCGCUUCGGCGGAAAUCGCGCUGCCGCCGCCGACAAGAGAGGAAACGACCAAAGAUACAGGGAACUGACGGAUAGGCUGAAGAGAGGAGCGGUUCCGGUGCCGCCGCCCAGGACAAGACACGCGUCAAAGGCUACCCCACCCCAGUCUCCGGCCCCGGUGCCAGCCACGGUGGACAGUUCUGAGAGGUUGUUACCUCUUCGAAGUGCCUCUUUUUCUCAAGUUGACUACUGCCCGGACAAUAAAAAAUAUGUGAGGAGGAGGCUGUCUACCAGCCAAGAACAGGAAAACGAUCAAUCUACUAACAAGGAAGUAUCAACUCUUCCGAGACCAAAAAAUUCAUCCCGACCUUCUACCCCUAAGUUAGAUGUGUUACCCAAGAAACCCAAGUCGGAUUUGACACUCGUGAUCGAAAAUUCACUCGACGACGUGACUUCUUUCGAGACGGUUAACGAAAUACAAGAGGCUAAACCAAGAGAUAUUCCGGAGGUUGAGAUUACUCCUGGCUCUCCCGAAAAGCCAACAACCAGGUGUCAAGACGCCGUCAGUACCAGCCAAGAUAAACGAAAGGACAAAUCGCGAAGACGUAAAGGUAUUUACAUAUCUCAAUGGCCCAAUACCUACAAUUCCACCGAAGAUGUCAUUCCACAGUUCGUCCAAGACGGGGAUUUUCCCUGCGCAGAUAAAACCACCCAGCUUCUCCAGGAUUCUUUAGUGGAAAUAUCUAAACUUCAAGCCCAUGAGGACAAGUUCAAAGACUUUCCCAUCUGGAGCAGUCCGCAGGAAGAGCCCCUCAGUCCGGAAGAUAACAGCUCACAACCGGAGUGGCCUACAAUCGGGAGACCCAGACUCCUGUCUCAAUCUCCAGAUGACAAAGAAUCGUUAAAGGUAACACCACGUAACGUUAGUUUGUUCAGAUCGGAUUCCCUCUCAGAAGGAGAGCCUGAUCUCGGGGAACGUAGGUCUGAUCAGACCUCUCUAGUGCCUUCUGACGUAUCAGACACCGAAAGUCGGGUCAGUUUUUCAAUAGAACCCACCAGCCCCAGCGUUCCUCGAAGGUAUUCCAAAAGGCCGUUAAGGGGACCUUAUGGGCAAAUGUUAGAGGCCGAAAUGAAGAAGCCCGAAUGUCGGAUGAAUCUCAACAGUGAUUUGAAGUUUCUUGAAGAUUUAUCUUCUAUGGCUAGUGCUUCUAUGAACAGUUUACCCAAACCGAAACAUACUCGAACGCGAGGCAAUUGUAACAGUUCUUUGGACGAAACUAAUCUCGGGAAGGACAAAAGAGACCCCCUUUUGAACUCUCCGAAGCAAAAUAAACGGAAAGUUAGUGCCGAUAACCUAACCGUCAACAAUGACAGUGACAGAAAAAUUUUAGUAAGCCAUCAACGCACCACUUCUAGCCCCUCCAAAUUAGAAGGAUUCACUAAUACGGAAGUCGGCAAUGCAAGUGAAUUACUCGAACUAUUAUUGCGGGGAAGUUCCGAACAACUAGCUACGUCAGAGGCGAAUCAACAGUUGCUUAAUGACACGAGGACUCACGUGGUGGUGGAGCUCUACGACAACGAAAAAACCUACGUCGAAUCGCUCAGGAUACUUGUUACGAAAUAUUUGGAACCACUCAAAGCCCCCGAAAAUGCGAAUCUACUUGAUGCCAAUCUGGUGGAAGAAAUAUUUUAUCAGAUUCCUCUUUUAUAUAGCCACCACCAAACCUUUUUGGCAGAACUGAAGAAAAGACUGGAACAAUGGGAUGUCAAACAAAAAAUAGGAGACGUUUUUUUAGAAAUGUUCUCCAAAUCUAUAGUGAUAGACAGCUAUACGAAUUAUGUAAAUAACUGGAAACGAGCGAGGGAUAUUUUGAAGAAUGCCCAGCAAUCCAAACCAGCAUUUAGUAGAUUUCUAGAGGUGACAGCGAGGCUACACGCUGGAAAACUAGCACUCGAUUCACUUUUGAUUAAACCUAUACAAAAAUUUCCGAAAUAUGAACUCCUCCUCCAGAGGCUGAUAAAACACACCGACGAAAACCACCCGGACCACAACUUACUCCUAGCAGCGCAACACCAAGUCCACGAGCAAUUACUGAAGAUCAACUGUACCGAAAAAGAAGCCUUAGAAUUGGACCAACUACGAGAAUUGGAAGGUGUGAUAGAUGGUCUGAUGGAACUGGCUACUCCAGAGAGGCAGUAUCUCAGGCACGACUCGGUCACAAUGGCACACGGCGGAGGGCCUCGGAAAGACAGAGCUUUAUUCCUUUUUUCUGACCUCCUUCUGAUCACGGGGAUCAAGAGGAAAGGAGGAACAAUACGGAGACCCGUGACGGGCCAAGGCAGCGUCACCAGUACUCUAGAAGCCAACAAGUACAAAUUAUUGAUGAGAAUACCGUUAGAAGAUAUCGAAAUUAUCAAGUCCAAAGAUGAUAACUUGAAGCAAAUCAUGAUAGAGGUUGAUAAUCUGACCGAAGACAUAUCUGUGCUGAAUCAAGUCAGCGAUUUAGCUUGGUCGUUGCAUUGCAAUCAUGUUCAAUUAGAUGAUGUGAUAAAAGAGAUGAUGUCAAACUUGACUAAGCAGCUCACCGAACAACAGAAUAGUGAUUCUCAGCUCUCCUGCUUGGAGCUCACGAUCUCAACAACGAGUGGUUCUGAAAAUGUUUCCAUCAUAUUUUCAAAAUCAGAAAAACGAACUUCUUGGGAGGAAUCGUUGAACGAAGCCAAACAAAAACUAGCCAUGUCAAGCGACAGAAAACAGUGUCCUGAGUUGUUAGCAACUGUCCCAAUAAGAAAAACAAGAGCUGGUCUUCAAUUCACUUGUGCCGCUCCAACUUUGGGAGAAAAUGGCCGCGAUGUAUGGGUAUGCAACAGCGACGGAUAUGUAGGACAAGUUUGUGUCCUUAGUCUAACACCAGAACCCACUGUCACUUCGUGCAAUGGGGUGUGUAAUGCCAGAAUUCUCUGUAUAGCCUCAGUACCUGGUAUCAAUAAUGGAUCUCCAAACCGAACUUGCCGGACUCAGGCUGAACCUGAAGAAACUAAACCAAUGCAUUUUGAUAGCAGUUCAUCCAGUGAAGAAGAAGACAACUGUGAUAGUGAAAUAAAUGAAGAACCCCAAAAGUUUCAAGACUCUGAAACAUGCAGUAUCGAUAAUGAGGAAACAGAUAAUCAACAAUCAACCAUGUGGCUUGGGACUGAGGAUGGAUGCAUACAUGUGUACAACUGUUGUGACAAUAUCAGGAUAAAAAAGAAUAAAGUCAAAUUGCAGCUAGGAGCCUCAAUACUGUGUAUUAUAUACCUAGAUAAUCGGGUUUUUGUGUCACUCGCUAAUGGAGAUAUCAUUGUCUACGACAGAGAUUCAUGUGGAAGUUGGAACAUCAGUAGCCCAACGAUAUGCACAGUAGGUUCGUUAAGUUCACCGGUUUCUAAAUUGGUUCCAAGCUUGGGAAAAUUGUGGUGUGGCUGCGGAAGCAGUGUGAAAAUAUUCAACACCCAUACCCUCACAACUGAAAACAGUUUCACCGUGAACAACGACAACAAUAAAUCAAUUACCUGCAUAGUUCUGUGUGGAAAUGGUGUUUGGCUGUCAUUACAAAACUCUGCAAUAGUUAAAUGCUAUCAUAGCACUACAUUCGAACUCUUAUGUGAAAUCAAUGUUGCCCCUUCAGUUACAAAAAUGCUAACAAUUUUCGCUAUUUCAGGUUGCGAUGACAUAAUCAGACAGCACAAAGCUGCCUGCUUGCGGGUGACAGCUUUGGUGACAUGCAAAGAUCUCCUCUGGAUCGGAACUUCUGCAGGAGUACUACUUACAAUGCCCCUUCCUCAUUUGACAUCGACGACGACAAAGUUGACUGCCAUUCCCACUGUAACUGGGGUUCCGCAUGGUCACACAGGCCACGUGAGAUUUUUGACAUCAGUCGAAAUACCCAUCGCUAACGAAGCACCAAUCAGAAAUUCAUACAAGGCCAAACAAGACACAAGAAGUAAUACAAAGUUGUUAGUCAUUUCGGGAGGUGAUGGAUAUGAAGAUUUCAGAACUUCAAACUUGUCCGAGGUCGCUGGUAGAGAAGAUUCCACAAAUCAUUUGUUGUUGUGGAAUAUUUGAUUUUAAAAAUUUCCACCACGUGAACGUACUUAAUACGUAAUUUGGCAUAUCGAAUUUUGAACUGAUACAGGGUAUUUCUAUAAAAUGCAAAGUGAAUUAUAUUUUAUCUACUGCUGUGAAGAAGUACUUUGCCUUGCAUGCCUUAGUGAAGUGAACUGCAGUCCAGUGUGGCUUUUUAUUGAAUAAUUGUUAAGUAAAUUUAAGGAACACUUUAUUGAAUUUUCAAAAAAUAUAUUAUUUCAUGUUGUAUAUUACAUAUCACUCAAAAUAACAUUGGCACAAUUUUAUCGCAACACAGGGAAUUGUAUAAAAUAACAAAAAAUAUGUAUACAUAUACUUUUCAUAUCCAAAUGUGAAUUAAGACGUCUAUGGACUACAUGACUCUAUAAUCAUUUUCAAAAGAGGGAAACAGCUAAUUUUGGAUUGAACGUAUAUAAUGAAUAGUAAAAAAACUCACUUUAUUUUUUGAUAUUACGACUAAAUCAGCAACUAAUCCUAUUUUUCUAACUUUAGGACAACCUCUACUUGUCAACUCGUCAAUGUUCACUUGCUAAGAAGUGAAACAGAUAUGUUUUACCAAAGAUCGACUACUUUCAAAAUGUGAUGACUAGAUGAAGUGCAUCAAUCUCUUAUCAGGAAACUAUUGUGUUCUAUUACCAUUACCUGCAUUAAACAGUUGUGUGGAACAGGAAUGCAAUGUUCCUCAUAAAUGUUGUUAGUUACACUGCCAGUCUACUAGAAUUGAUAUAAAAACCACAACUUUUGUAUAUACAACUCCAAACCAUAUCAUAAAUAUCUCAUUAUCUAAGGCCCAUUUUAUAAUAUAUUAUUGGAAUUACAAUUCCCAAACUGAAAA